UGGCGGAACACGGAGCAGGAAUUCCGCCUAUGCGCCGAUGACAGCGUCGUUGAUGGGGGUAAUACCGACUAUGACCAUCCCAUGGCAAUACAGGUCUGUUGCCCGGCGACGAGCGGCGAUCCCUAAAGUCAACUAACCAGCUGAGAGCAACUUGGCAGCAGUUUAUCCCUCCGCACACACACAGCUGUUCUGGGCCACCGGCUGCUAUCAGAGUGGACAGACGGUGGAUGAAGCCGAGGGUUUGACCUGAUGCUCGGAGUUGGACCGGUGCCUUUUAUCCACUUUGAACUUAACUAGGCUUGUUGAAGAGUUUUAGACAGUAAGAAAAUGGAUUUGUUCGGGGUACUGCAUUUGGACGAGCUGUCCCACGGGCUGGCAAACUUGUCCAUGUUUCCAUACUUUGACAUGGCGCACUAUAUCGUGUCAGUCAUGGCUCUGAGGGAGCAGCCAGGCGCUCUUGAGGUCUCCAGGGUCAGCCCCAUAGCCUGCUGGUUCAGCUCCAUGCUCUUCUGCUUUGGUGGAGCAGUGCUGUCCGGGAUCAUGCUGGCCGAGCCAGCUAUCGCACCUUUGUCCAACAGUACCAGUGUUCUGCUUGCUUCGAUCAUAUGGUACCUAGUGUUUUACUGCCCCAUGGACCUGGUGUACUGUUGUGCUGCCCUGCUGCCUCUCAGGCUGGUGCUGUCAGGAAUGAAGGAAGUGACCAGGACGUGGAAAGUGCUUGGAGGGGUCACCCAGGCACACAGCAAAUACCAGGACAGUCUGCUGGUUAUGAUUGCCAUCGGGUGGGCUAGAGGUGCUGGAGGUGGUCUGAUAAGUAAUUUUGAGCAGCUUGUUCGAGGUGUAUGGAAACCAGAGACUAAUGAGCUCCUCAAAAUGUCUUACCCCACCAAGAUCACCCUCAUAGGGGCAGUGCUGUUUGCUCUGCAGCAGACCCACUACCUGCCUCUCCAGAAGCACCACCUGAUGCUCAUCUACACCAUCUUUACCGUCGUCAACAAGUCAAGGAUGAUGCUAACAGGCUCCUCCACCUCACCAUUCGCUGGCAUCGAGUCGGCCAUCUACAAGACCCUCUUCACUGGCUGCUCCCCUUAUGCCGCCCUUACCGACGACAUUAAGAGAGCAUGUAUUGACAAUAGCACAACUGACACGGCGACCUGCACUUCCACAACCAAAGAAUCUAGUGAGAAUGGAGCGGCGGGAAAUCACACUCCAGUUUCUCCUGACAAGGGACAAAGUGGAUCGCUCAAAGCCAAAGAAGAGUCAGAGAACGCAGAGACAAGCUGCAAGAAGACCGACUAGUCAGCCUCUGCCCCAUAGCGCCUUUUCACCUCUAAGCAGGGUUGUGGAGUCAUUUUCUGAUUCACAUUUGUCACGUCAGGACCUUAAAUUUUCUGACUGCUGAAAACAAAUUACAAAGGGAGCUGACUCCAAUGCACCUUAUUGUUGGAUAAUCAACCCCAUCCUUAAAGUACUGUGAUUUUUAUGCUGUCGGAUGUGACCAUCAUACUAUCGUUGGACUGAUUGCACACUUGCAGUACAAUGUGUAGCCUAAUCUAUAUUUAUAAUGGGUACAAGAUCUUAAUAAUUCUAUCUCUGGGUUUUGGGAACAGUGCUGUGCACCUGCUGAUCUAUGAAUGUCUAUAUAUCUUUUUCUCUGUAUAUAUUGGACUGAAUGUAAGUGCUAUAUUUCCUACUUUGAAAUAGUUUGAAACAUUUUUAAAAGAGAGAUUAUAUUCUAUGACACAGAUAUUCUAUCCUAUUUAUACUAAAUAAUUGCACUCUUGAAUGUAUAACAGUUUGAAAUGAAAGACAUUUUAUUGUAGUCUAUGUCUUUGGCAAAUGCUUUGAAUUACAUUUGAAAGCAUGAGAAUAAACAGGUUUUA